AAUCCAUAGGCCACCGCGUCUAAGUAUCUCGAGUUCAAAAAAAUUAAGUACCUGCAGUUUUACUUCUACCUAUUAAACUUUUCUCUGCAAACUUUGUCCAAUUAUCAAUAAAUCAAUCCCAAAUAUUAUAUAUAUAAUGGAACCCAAACUAUCUUCACUUUCUCUAUCAGAAACAACCCACAAUACCUUUAACACAUCAACCCCACCACCGUCUUCCUCUUAUUCUACUUCUUCUUCUUCUUCAGUAAACCGGCUAUGGCGACCUGCAGCUCAAAGAAACAUGAAAAACCAAUGGUCACGGUUCAAUUCACUCAGACAACAGUGGCUGUCUUCAUCUUCAACCGCGAGAUCACAUGCUACCUCACUCGUUAACGCUUUUCUUUCUCAGAGGUACAUGAAAGAUAUGGAGUUGGGUGUUUUAAGUGAUAUGCCUAACAUCCAAAAGAAAGCUUGUUGGAAGUUACUGAAGCAACAGGCUAUUCACCGUGAUAAUCUCUUGUCCUCGUACAAGGACAUGGUGGCUACAGUAGUUAGCAUGGUCAACACAAGUACAUCUCUGAGAUGUUUCCUUAAGGGGGGAACCAAUAGUCCGUUUAUACAGUUUUCUAGCAAUUUUGAGGACAUCAAUGACAAUGGUGAUGGUGGAGGGGUACCAGUGUUUACAUUUUGGUCUAUAUCAUCUUUUGAAAAAAUAGCCAGUGAACUGGUUCAGAUGUUCAAAUUGGAACUAAAUUUAAAGCGAUUACUUGUGGUAGAGUUUCUCUCCCUUACAGCUAAAGAAGAUUUGAUCACCAAAAAGCCAAGUUGGUCCGAUGAAAUCUAUGAAGGGGAACAUGAUGAUUUGAGUAGGUGCAACUUGGAUUGUAGAGAAUUUGGAUUAACUGAUUUGGCUUCUCCAAACUUGGAUGGUUGCAAAUCGAGGAUUCUUAUGCAACCAACUGGCCAACCUGACUCUGAUGUCGUACAGAUUUACUUAACAGCCUGGCUAACAGAUGUUAACAUGGAUAAACAAAGGGUGGACGAUAUAUUUUCUGAAGUGGGAGAAGAAAUGCAUGUUAACUUUGUUUCCUGAAGUUGGCAAUGCGGGGAAGUAAUCUUGCUUGAGCAUAUGUUUCUUCUCAAUUCCUUGUUUCUGGUGAGAUGAAUUAGUUUUUGGUAAAGCUUAUUAUAUAUAAGAAUUCGGCAGAAACACUAUUUUGAUUCAUGACAAUCUUUCUGAGUAAUACACUGUGAGGAGGUUAACCUGUUAACCUAGUACAGUAUUCUGGUUGUAUUUAAUUGAUAGUGGAGCACAUGAUGAAACAGAAACAAUUUGCUAUUAA